GUUAUAGUUUCUUUGGUUUUUCCUCACUCUCUCUCCCUCUCUCUCCCUUUCUCUCUCUGAGACACUCACCUGGGAUUGUCCCUCUGCAAGCGUAGACAUUGUACAAACUUGAACGUGGAUGCAUGCUGGUGAUGAUUUCCUCUUUCCUCCUCAAAGAAAAAGUGAGAACCAAAGUCUUGGAACCAAGAGUCUAUUUCCUAUUUAUUAAAGACUCAAUCCUCCUUACAUAGUUCAGAUUCAGAUCAAGAUUUUCAGGUUUCUGAUAAAUGGGACAGUAUUGAAGAUUGGUUCAGCAGUUUUCUGAGAUAAGUUUGAGAGUCUUUAUAGUUGUUGCUAUAGACAUUUGAGUUUGGGAUUGGAAUGAUUAUAUUAACUGAGAGUUAGCGGAUGGGGAAAGAGACAAUGGGGUCUCAAGGUGUUGGAGAUAGUAAUGGAAAACAGUCGGAAUUCCAGCCAUUGGUGCGGCAAAACUCAAUGUACAGUCUUACACUCGAUGAGGUUCAAAAUCAGUUAGGUGACUUGGGGAAGCCCCUUAGCAGCAUGAACCUUGACGAGCUUCUAAAAAAUGUUUGGACUGCUGAGGCCAACCAGUCCACAGUUAUGGACAUUGAGGGCACAGCACAGGCCAAUCAAACUGUGCUGCAGCAUCAGGCUAGCCUGUCAUUAACUAGUGCUCUGAGCAAGAAGACAGUGGAUGAGGUUUGGAGAGAUAUUCAGCAAAGUAAAAAUAACGAGGAAAAGAAGUCUCGGGAGCGGCAGCCUACUUUGGGAGAGAUGACAUUGGAGGAUUUCUUGGUGAAAGCAGGAGUUGUGGCUGAAACAUCUUCAGAGAAAAAAGGUGCUGGUCCUGUUGUGGUUGAUCAGAAUGUAGCCCCACAGUUUCCACAGCAAGGUCAGUGGAUGCAGUAUCCACCACAACAAUAUCAGCAUCCACAACAAGGUAUGAUGGGGGUUUACAUGCCCAGCCAGCCUAUACCACAGCCACUGCUCAUUGGGGCUGGUGCUGUGAUGGAUGCUGCAUAUCCGGAGAAUCAGGUAGCAUUAUCUUCACCUUUGAUGGGAACCAUGUCGGACCCACAGAUGCCUGGUAGGAAAAGAGGCAUCCCAGAGGACAUGAUUGAGAGGACUGUUGAGAGAAGGCAGAAGAGGAUGAUCAAGAACCGAGAAUCUGCUGCCCGUUCACGAGCAAGGAAGCAGGCUUACACUAAUGAACUGGAGCACAAAGUUUCACGUCUGGAAGAGGAAAAUGAACUGCUCCGGAAACGGAAGGGGCACAGAGGGGCCUUGGCACCCCUAUCUCUCCAAAAUUUUGAAGAAAAAGUUUAUAGGAGGUUUUAAUAAUUUUCUCACAUUGCUCCCCCUAAAAUCAGUUCCACCCAACAAAAGAAAAAUCAAAUCCCUAAAAAAACUGCUUACUGGCUUCGUGCAUAUAUGUAUAUAGUAUCAUGUCACAGGUGGAUUUUUUUAUCACUCAAUUUUCAGUUGGAAAUUUGAUGAUGUAUUCUUACCUGUCCGAAAAAAAAAAAAAAAAAAAAAAAGAAUUGAUGAUGUAUUCAGUUUUUGGCAUCAUAACUCCACAAGUUUUGGGAGACUGGUCAACUUAUUGUUGUUUAUAACUCUAAACCUGUUAGGGACUUUGUUAUAUUGGCAUUUACUUAUAAAAAAAAAAAAAAAAGAUUUUGUUACAUUGGCUUAUCAGUUAGCUAUUACAAUGGGAAGUAGCCGUCUUGUUGUUCGGCUCAUGAUUUACUUGACAUGAACCUGUGGAAGACAAUAUCCUCCUUUUAAUUCUUCUGAAGGACAACCUUAAUUUCUAUUUCAAAAUAUAAUUUAAAGAAUCUGUCAUACUCAUGAAUAAAGGAAAAAGGGCAAUUGUGGUGGUUUUAUUUAUUUUAUUCUUUCUCGGCAGUGUGGUAAGUUUAUGAGUCUGGUUUUGUUCAACAAAAUUCAGAACCAAGCUGAUAUUGCGUUUAACUUUGAACUCAUGUAAGCAUAUUUCAAAGAUCUGAAAUGGUGUAAACAUUUUUCGAAUUAUAGUAGAUAUAUAUAUCUAUAUAAUUACUCUAGAAGGUAUAUCAAAUUUAGAUUAGCAAACACCAGAUAUCCUAAAUUCUUGAGAAGCGAAGAAAACAUUCAUGUGUAUGACUUUGUAGCUCUAGUCCAGGGUUUUGAACACAAGGGCUUUUUUCGGUGGAUAGGUAUACUUAUGUUUCUCCUUUUUGAUGAGGAAACCAUCUCUAUUAGAAAUUAAAGUAAAGGGACUAUGAAACUGCACUGCUAUGAAGUUAUAAGCAUUGUAACAAAGGUUUUUCUUAAAAUUACAGUAAAUUUGAAAUCCAAAAGAUCUAGGACAAAGAAUGGGAAUACAAUCAUCAACAGAUCCAGUCAAAAGGUGAUUGCAGGAAAAAAACUUUGGACUUAAAUAAACUGUAGCCAACUGGUUUUCUGAAUUUGACAAACUGCACUUUCUGUGGUUGGCUAGUUGAUUCUGAUUUCAGUUUCCCUUAUGCUUACUUGAGUUGAAUACCUUUAUGCAAUUGGCUAACGCGAUCAGAAAUAUGAUAAUAUAAUACCUGAAAAUAAAAAUUUGGUCUAUGAUCUGAAUGUUAGAUUCCAAUUUUGUUCCUGGAUUAUUGAUUUUGUUUGAAAAGUCCCAUAGCUACUAGGGGUGCUACCUGCCCAUGUGGGGAAGGGGGGGGCCUUCCCUCACCGGGGUUUGCCUCCCUGGAAUCCGCCCUCGCACACCGGGGGCGGGGGUGGACCACCGUCUGCCCCUCCUUUCGGCUGUGACCCAACCAGAAAAAAAAAUAUAUAUAUAUCUCAAAUCCAUAACAAAAUCCACAUUCCACAACAACAAAAAUCCUUCGCAAACAACCAAUUGGAAAGAGAGAGAGGGAGAGAGGGUCUGACAGAAGGAGGAGAUACCAAGGGGAAGAAUGAAAAGAAGAGGAGAGAGAGAGAGAGGGUUAGGUUUAACUUAACCCCCUGUUUCUUCCUAUUUUUUUUUUAAAUAAAUUCAUUACAAAAAUGACGUACGAUUUUUAAAGAUUUACAUAAUUAUAUAGUAAUUUGGACUGGGCUCAGGCCUGGGGUGCAGGGUGUGAAGGGGGGCGAGCUUGAGCCCAGACUGCCCCCCACCCCCCGCUGGGUUUUCUGCCUGCAGGCGGGGUUGCCCACGCUGCCCAGGUGGGGCAGGGGAGGUGGACACCGCCCCCCGCCACUCCUAAUGGCUACUCUUACCAUGUCUUGUUGUUAUUAUGGGAACAAAAGUUGCUGAUCUAGUGGUCAUGUUUUGUGCACGUUUUUAUUAUGUAGACAUGGCACAUUAUGCCACAUGCUGAUCUCACAGCAUUUGGCAUCAAUUUUCCAUAUCAGAUGUGCUCAAUUUCUUUGCUGGCUGCUUGGCUGUUAUUAAGCCCACAUCCUGCUAGCCUUUAAUGUUUUAUCAUCGUGUUUUGGGUAGUUGAGAAAUGAUGUCAUUGGUUUGGUGGGUGUCUAUCAAAGGCAGCCUGCCUUCUACUUUUAUGAAUUGUUUUUGGAUCAUUCAUUUGUAAAAUUGUAAUUUAAGGGAUUCUCUAGUAGCAUACUUUAGUUAUUGCCUUUUUUUUUUUUUUUAAAAAAAAAAAAUGAAAUCUAGUUGUGGAAAGAACAAGAGAAAAAAAAUAAGUUGAAACCUUUCAAUGUGUUCUGCUAGGUGACUUCUGGGCUUUAUGAUCUUCUGUACCCAAUUUACUCUUACGGAGUUGCUGCUCUUAUAUGUCAUAUCAUCACAAAGUAAUUAAAUAUUAGUUAUUCUCAUAUUUUCUAUUUUACCCUUUCGCAGGUCACUCUGUCGAAAGGAAAUUUACCUAAGACUGCCUUAUCAAUGAUAUUAGUUAUAAUACAUUAGGUUUUUCAUUCUAGCCCAAUUUGAUCUGAGAAUGUAUUAAACUAUUUUUUUUUUUUUAUACAUGGGGAGGGUGGAUUUGACCCUUGGUUCUCUUAGUGAGAAACCAAGAUGUUGCCAAUUGAUCCAAAGGAUCUUAAUAGGGUUACAUUUAAUUGGGCAGCAAUGGUCAAAUAGGAUUUAUUUCGAUCCAUACCUUUCUGAAUCCAGUCUAAAGUUAUGUGCUUCCUAGAACAUUAUUUGGGGUGUAUACCUUUAAGAAAAAGAUUGAAGUUACUCUUUGGGGGACAAUUUCUUCUUCCCUUUCUUCUUUCUUUAGUUUGUUGCAUCUUCCUGAGGCUUCUUAUCCCCCAUAAAAAAAAAAAAAAAAAAAGAGAAGAAAAGC